AAACCCCCUAACGAAAUGGCAUUGUUACAAUUACGCCACUUGACCCCCCACUCUUUUCCUUUUACUCCCAAAGUUCAUUUCCAUUUCUCCGCUCGCAAAUCCCUUCGCUUCUCCUACUCAGCUUCUGCUUCAACCACGAUGGCUAAAGAAGUUUUGGUGCCGAUUGCAAACGGGACGGAGCCGAUGGAAGCUGUGAUUACGAUCGAUGUGCUGAGGAGAUCGGGAGCUGACGUCACUGUUUCUUCCGUCGAGAAAGAUCUCCGUGUUGACGCUUGCCACGGUGUUAAGAUUGUUGCGGAUGCUCUGAUCGGUGAUUGCAAGGACACCGUUUUUGAUCUCAUAGCGCUUCCUGGAGGCAUGCCUGGUGCUACCAACCUUAAAGAUUGUUCAGUUCUUGAAAGUGUUGUGAAGAAGCAGGCUGCAGAUGGACGGCUUUAUGCUGCUGUGUGUGCUUCACCUGCAGUUGCUCUUGGUUCUUGGGGUCUGUUGAAGGGACUGAAAGCUACUUGUUAUCCGUCUUUUAUGGAGCAACUGUCAUCUUGUGCAACAGCUGUUGAAUCAAGAGUUCAGCAGGAUAACAAAGUUGUGACAAGUCGUGGACCAGGCACUACCAUGGAGUUUGCUGUAACGCUAGUUGAGGAAUUGUAUGGCAAAGACAAAGCUGCUGAAGUUUCUGGGCCAUUGGUGAUGCGUCCUAACCAUGGUUAUGAGUACACAGUCACUGAGCUGAAUCCUAUGGAGUGGAAAUGCAAUAAUAUUCCCCAGAUCCUUGUAGCAAUUGCUGAUGGCUCAGAAGAAAUGGAAGCAAUUAUGAUAAUUGAUAUUUUGCGUCGAGCAAAGGCAAAUGUUGUGGUGGCCUCCGUUGGAGACAAUCUUGAAAUUCUGGCUUCAAGGAAAGUAAAAUUAGUGGCAGAUAUGCUUCUUGAGGAAGCCGCUAAACUUUCAUAUGACCUUAUAGUCUUGCCAGGAGGACUUGGUGGUGCCCAAGCAUUUGCCAACUCCGAUAAGCUGGUGAGCUUGCUAAAGAAGCAGGCUGAAUCAAACAAACCCUACGGAGCAAUUUGUGCAUCUCCAGCUUUGGUCUUGGAGCCCCAUGGCUUACUCAAGGGCAAAAAGGCCACAGCUUUCCCUGCAAUGUGCGACAAGCUGUCGGAUAAGAGUUUCAUUGAGAACCGAGUGGUGGUGGAUGGCAAUCUCAUUACAAGCAGGGGUCCAGGAACUUCCAUGGAAUUCGCACUUGGAAUCGUGGAGAAGUUUUUCGGACGCCCAAAAGCUUUAGAACUAGCAAAGGUAAUGCUUUUUGUACGCCAGUAGAUGAGUAUGAAUCUUUGUCCUCCGUCUUUACUACCGGAGAACAUGCUGUGUGAUCAAAGGUGAAUUUGCAUUUGAAUACAAAUUCGCCCUGCGGUUUGAAUACAAUAGUUUGUUGAUAAAUAAGAUUUGGAACAGCUGAGCAAUAAAAAAGACCCAGGUUCAU